UCCCACCACCUCCCCCUCCUCCUCCUCCUCCCCCACCGAAUCCCAUCGCGAGCUCCCCCCCAAUCCUCUCCGAUGGAUCGCUUGUCGCGGCCGGCGAGCCCAGGCGGCGGCGGGCUGGGGUACGCGUCGCGGCGGGGCCUCUACGCGCGGCCGGCGAGCCCAGCCGGCGGCAGCAGCGCGCAGACGUCGCCCGGCGGGUCCCCGAAGGACUCGUCCCCGGUCCACCGCCACGCGCGGGCCGGGUCGCUCGGCGGCGUCGGGGCCGCGUCCACCGCCGGACGCCGCGCGGGGGUCGGCGCCGGCGCCGGCGCCCGCGCGCACAACAGCGCCGCGCGCGCCGCCGCUCAGCGCCUCGCGCGGGUCAUGGGCGGCGGCGGCGGCGGAGGUGCGGGCGGGGACGGCGGCAGCGGGAGCGACGACGACGACGACUACGAGCUCUCCGGGCCGCCCAUCGAGCUCUCCUCGACCCCGCGCCGCACCUCCACCCGAUCCCCUUCCCCCUCGAUAGGCCGGUACCUUGCGGAUCAGACGCAGGUGGGCCGGCCGCCGUCGCUGACGAACCGUUACACGGCUGGGAAGUCCGUCCCCAUGAUACCAUCGAUCAAGCGGCCGGCGACAAGUGGAGCAGGGACGGGAGCGGGGUCAGAGUUGCCCUCGCCCAUACCCAACCGAAGGGAGCAGAGGAGAUCAGUUGAUCUUGGAAGCUCAAUGAGAGGUCGUCGGACAUCUUCUUCUCUUCAUGACGAGAUUAACACGCUUCAAGUGGAAAAUGAAAGCAUGCAUGACAAACUUCACCUUGCAGAGGAAAGGUCUGAGGAUGGAGAUGCCAAAUCCAUGCAGAUGGAGAGAGAGGCGUCUGAUAUUGGUGAUGCGGUAGAAACAGAAACAAUUUUGAUUAGCAGAAAGGAUGCAGCACUACAACAAAGAAAGAUUGCUAUGAGAAUUGCUUCACGAAGGUCUAGUAGUGCGAGCUGUGAUGAGAUUGCAACCCUUAAGUCUGAAGCAAAGGCUGCUAAUAAUGCCAUUACAUCUGUAUCUCGAAGAGUAAAAAGUGCUAAAUCAGAACUGAGAUCUCUUCAAGCAACAGCCAACAGAAUGAUCUUGUCACAGGAAGAGAUGGAGGAGGUGGUGCUAAAGAGAUGUUGGCUGGCCCACUACUGGACGUUAUGUUCUAAACUUGGGAUACAUUCUGAUAUUGCUGAAGAAAAACAAGAAUACUGGUCCUCAUUUGCCCCACUCGCACUUGAAGCGGUCCUAUCAAUUGGGCAGAAAGCAAGAGAUGGAACUUUAUCAGAUAACACUGAGAUGGAUAGCAGAAGUAAAAUGUCCGAUGUAAAUGAUAUAUCUAGUGAUGGCAACAUUGAGAGCAUGCUUUCAGUUGAGAAAGGGCUGCGUGAAUUAGCUUCGCUCAAGGUAGAGGAUGCAAUCAUGCUUGCUUUGGCAGAAAAUCGACAUAUCAAACCUCUCUCAGGUCAAGCUUCUGAGGGUCGGAGCCCUUCCGAGUCAUUAGAGUUAAGUGCGGAAGAACGAGAAGAUGUACUCUUCAAGCAGGCAUGGUUGACCUAUUAUUGGAGGCGGGCCAAAAAUCACGACAUAGAAGAAGAUAUAGCUGAUGAGCGGCUACAUUUUUGGAUAGAACAAAGCAAACACCCAGUUACUACAACCGACGUCAUAGAAGUCGAGAGAGGACUCCACGAGCUGAAGAAGCUGGGAAUUGAGUCUCAGCUGUGGGACGCAACCAGGAGAGCUCUCAAUGACGACCUCAGCAAUCAUGGGAGUCCAACUGGAUCUGAAGCUUAAAAACAAAUUUAGCAAAUGCAUAAGAUGGAGCAAGGCUCUAGUGCCGAUUUUGUGCCGUCAGAGGCCCUAGAACCCUCCUGAUGAUUCCGUUCAUCGUGUCUAUCGCCUUUUGCUUGGUACCAUCAUGUAAAAAAAAUUGAUCAAAAUAUCCCGUAACCCUUCCUUUCAAAAUUCAAAUCAUCUAUUUUAUGUUGGUGCUAA